AUGUCCAACAGCAGCUCCAUCAUCCAGUUCCUCCUCCUGGCAUUCGCAGACAGGCGGGAGCUGCAGCUCCUGCACUUCUGGCUCUUCCUGGGCAUCUACCUGGCUGCCCUCCUGGGCAACGGCCUCAUCAUCACCACCAUCGCCUGGGACCACCACCUCCACACCCCCAUGUACUUCUUCCUGCUCAACCUCUCCCUCCUCGACCUGGGCUGCAUCUCCACCACCCUCCCCAAAGCCAUGGCCAAUUCCCUCUGGGACACCAGGGCCAUCUCCUACUCAGCAUCAUUUGGCUGUUUUGUUUUCAUGGUGGUGUCCUAUGUGCAGAUCUUCAGGGCCGUGCUGAGGAUCCCCUCUCAGCAGGGAAGGCACAAAGCCUUUUCCACCUGCCUCCCUCACCUGGCCGUGGUCUCACUCUUUGUCACCACCAUCCUAUUUGCCUACCUGAAGCCUCUUUCCAUUUCCUCCCCAUCCCUGGACCUGGUGGUGGCAGUUCUGUACUCAGUGGUGCUUCCAGCAGUGAACCCCCUCAUCUACAGCUUGAGGAACCAGGAGCUCAAGGACACCCUCAGGAAAGUGAUUUGA